GGAGGAGGAAGGAGAAGGGAAGAAAGAAGAUGAGGAGAAGGGAGAAGGGGGGGAGCGGGGAGGUGUGCGCAGGGAGGAGGCAGCGGGGAGGAGCGCGCGGGGAGGAGGCAGCCGCGCUGGGAGGAGUCUGAAAACUUUCAGCGCGAGGGCAUUGUGGGAAGCAGCCAUGGUCUAAGCGGGGCGCCUCACCUGUCAGCCGCACCGGCUCUUGCGCUCGCCUCUCGCCUUCUCUUCUCCAGCGCUCCUUGCUCGCAAGGCGGGGGCGGCGGCCGCCCAGCCACCAUGAUACAUUUCAUAUUGCUCUUCAGUCGACAAGGGAAAUUACGGCUACAGAAAUGGUACAUCACUCUGCCUGACAAAGAGAGGAAGAAGAUCACCCGGGAAAUUGUUCAGAUUAUUCUCUCCCGUGGUCACAGGACAAGCAGUUUUGUUGACUGGAAGGAACUAAAACUUGUUUAUAAAAGGUAUGCUAGUUUAUAUUUUUGCUGUGCAAUAGAAAAUCAGGACAAUGAGCUCUUGACGCUAGAGAUUGUGCAUCGUUACGUGGAGCUGCUGGACAAAUAUUUUGGAAAUGUCUGCGAGCUGGAUAUUAUCUUUAAUUUUGAAAAGGCUUAUUUCAUCCUGGACGAGUUUAUAAUAGGUGGAGAAAUUCAGGAAACAUCCAAGAAAAUUGCUGUCAAAGCCAUUGAAGACUCUGAUAUGUUACAGGAGACAAUGGAAGAAUACAUGAAUAAGCCUACAUUUUAACUGGAAAUCUACUUGAAGACUCCAGCACUACGUGUUAUGAAGCUGUAAAUAAGCAACGCCUCGCAUCCGGUUUUUUGAUGGAGCCUCAGGCACCAUGCCAAAAAUAAUUUAAAGGGAUUCUUUGUUAACUAACAAAGUUAAAGUUGUUUAACAUAUUUAUAAUUACUGUGUGUCUGUAUUAUUAAAAAAAAAACAAAGAAAAAAAAGUAUGUGUCUGUAUUAUACUGUAUAGGGUACUUGUAGCUCUAAAUGUUUCAAGUAACUACCACCUAACCCAACAGACAAUAUUUGUAAUGUUUUAAUUCCAUGUUAUAUUUUUAAGCUAGUUUAGAUAAAUUAGAUGCAAUUUUUUGUUUUGCAUUUGAUCUUCUACUGACAGGUUAACAACGAUAUUGGAAUAAUCCAUGAUUUUGAAUGUGAAGUAUAUAUGAUGUCAUUAAUACAUUUUCUAAAUGUUUA